AUGGACAGCCCAUCUGCAUUGGAAGAGGAAGCCCUUGCCAUCGUUGCGAUCUACGGCCCAUCGUCGUUCUACGCCCUUGUCAGCCCUGCUUUAGCUCAGACAAAGACGCCGACACCAGCGGAAAGCACACCUGUCUAUGCACUGAAGGUCUCGCUCGAGGAACCCGACUUUGACUACGACCCAACCACCAGCAGCGACGAUCAUCCAUCUCAGAACACCACAACCGGAGACAUCAUCAGAAGCAAAAAGGAAUUCGAGCUCCGGAUCUACUUUCCUGAGGGAUAUCCCGAGACCAACACGUCUGCUCCGGUCCAUGAGAUUGUGAGUAUCUACUAUGGCGCUCUUCGUCUGACGGAUGCUAUGAUGCGAGAGAUUGAUCUGGGGUUGGAUCGAUGCUAUGUGCCGGGAGAGGUCGUUGUCUUUUCAUGGAUCGACUGGUUACGGGACUAUCUAGAUGAGCUCGAAGCCCGCAGCGGAGGUGCCCAGGGCGUGGAUAUCCAUGGUCUCGGCACUGAGGUGGACCAGGAGAGCUCGAACGAUGAUGAGGACGGGGGCGAGUAUGGUGCACCGGAGGGUCAGAAAGUGACCUCGGACUACUUUGAGAACGACGACGACCACCACCAUCACUACCAUCAUCAUAAUCAGUCUUCCGCACAGGAUCUCGCAGGAACAGAAGCGCUCUCAUCCUCACUCGCAUCAUCCUUGUCCCUCCUUGACAGUCCAAGGAUCCCUAGGGGAACAAGCGCCGGCGCACCGGUGUUCAACAUUCGAUCGGGCCAGCCGAUUAUCGACCGCAAAAGUGUAUUCAUAGCCCAUUUGGCGCCGAUUACGAUGCCGGCGCAGGUGCCUUGGAUGAUCCAGCAGCUGAAGCAGGAGAACAAGAAAGUCGUCAAGGCUACGCAUAACAUUAUGGCGUUCCGGGUCGAGAACGAGAACGACAACGAUGAUGACGGAGAGACAGCGGCAGGAAGUCGACUGCUGCAUCUCAUGUCGAUUUUGGAUGUCAAGAACGUUGUUGUGGUGGUCUCGAGGUGGUACGGCGGUAUCCCAUUGAGUGCGGAUCGAUUCAAGCACAUCAACAAUGCUGCACGUCAGCUACUUGAUGAAUGCGGCUACAUCAAACCUGCAGCAUCUGCUGCAGAUGCGACAUUGAGCGGCCCCAACAAGAAGGGCAAGAGCAAGAAGGCAGGGAAGAGAUAA